GCGGAGGAGGAAGGGGUUGAUUUAUGGUGUUGGAGCAGCCCUGGGGGCUGCCGUUAUCCGCAACCUUUCCCCGGGAUCCCCGCGCUGUUGAAGGGAUCUUUAAAGCUCUGAAGACACAAAGUGGCGGACGGGACACAAUUACGCAGCCGAUUCUGGCCCAACCCGGAAGUUUAUGUCGGGAACACGUGUUGGUGGGGAAGGUGGCGAGGCUGGGAGCCGGGAUGGACCCCCCAAACACCCCGACCCCCGCCCCGACCACCGCCCCGGGCUCCCGGAGCUCUCCGGGGAGCGGGCGGUGGGGGCGAACGCCGCAGCCCCGGCCUCAAAGUCCAUCGGGUCUGAACGAGGGCACCUCAAACAGAGGUUGCUAGGAGAUGGUGGAGCCAGGACAAGAUCUGUUGCUUGCUGCUUUGAGUGAGAGUGGAAUCAGUCCAAAUGAUCUCUUUGAUAUUGACUCUCCGGACGUGGUUCUUGCAAAUCCAGCCCCAACUCCAGCUGUUCAGCAGUCAGUACCACUUAGUGCUUUAGAGCUGGGCUUGGAGACUGAGGCCACAGCUGCUGUGAAACAAGAACCAGAGACUGUAUCAACUCCAGCCUUAUUAAAUGUUCGGCAACCACCAUCCACCACAACCUUUGUGCUCAAUCAAAUAAAUCAGCUUCCAACUUUGGGGACUACAAUAGUGAUGACAAAAACCACCCCUGUCACAACAACAAGGCAGACUAUCACUGUAGCAAAAAUCAUUCAGACCAGCACAACGACUCGACCCUCGGUUGCAGCACCAGCAGUCCGCAAUGCCUUGACUACUGCACCUUCAAAGGACCAGAUUCAGCUGAAAGAUCUCCUGAAGAAUAAUAGUCUUAAUGAACUCAUGAAAUUGAAGCCACCACCUAAUAUUGCUCAACCAGUAGCAACAGCAGCAAAAAUAAUUGUUGUUUCUCCUAAGGUGGUAAAUAUCACCAAUGCAGCUGAUGUAAGCAAUGGUGCAGUGAAGAAGGAAGCUUCCACAAAAGAGGUAGCAAGAAUAUGGAUAAAUGAUAUUAAAAUGAGAAGUUUUUCACCUACUAUGAAAGUGCCAGCAGUAAAAGAGGAAGAGGAACCUGAGGAAGAAGAUGAGGAAGAAAUGGGCCAUGCAGAAACUUAUGCUGAGUACAUGCCAAUAAAACUGAAAAUUGGUCUACGCCACCCUGACCCAGUGGUGGAAACAAGCUCUUUAUCCAGUGUGACUCCUCCUGAUGUGUGGUACCAGACAUCAAUAUCAGAAGAAACAAUUGAUAGUGGCUGGUUGUCAGCUCUGCAACUUGAAGCAAUCACUUAUGCAGCUCAGCAACAUGAAACAUUCCUGCCCAAUGGAGACAGAGCUGGAUUCUUGAUAGGUGAUGGUGCUGGUGUAGGAAAAGGAAGGACCAUAGCUGGAAUAAUCUAUGAAAAUUACUUGCUAGGCAGAAAAAGAGCAGUCUGGUUCAGCGUGUCAAAUGAUCUGAAAUACGAUGCUGAAAGAGAUUUGAGAGAUAUUGGAGCAAAAAACAUAUUGGUUCAUUCACUAAACAAGUUCAAAUAUGGGAAAAUUUCUUCUAAACAUAAUGGAAGUGUGAAGAAAGGUGUUAUCUUUGCUACCUAUUCCUCUCUUAUUGGAGAAAGCCAGUCUGGUGGUAAAUACAAAACCAGAUUAAAGCAGCUCCUUCACUGGUGUGGUGAAGACUUUGAUGGAGUUAUUGUAUUUGAUGAGUGUCACAAAGCUAAGAACCUGUGUCCUGUUGGUUCAUCAAAACCAACAAAAACAGGUCUGGCUGUAUUGGAACUUCAAAACAAACUUCCCAAAGCCAGGGUUGUUUAUGCCAGUGCCACAGGUGCAUCUGAGCCAAGAAACAUGGCAUAUAUGAACCGUCUGGGAAUCUGGGGGGAAGGAACUCCUUUUAGGGAAUUCAGUGAUUUUAUCCAGGCUGUUGAAAGAAGAGGUGUUGGUGCCAUGGAAAUAGUUGCUAUGGAUAUGAAGCUGAGAGGAAUGUACAUAGCAAGACAACUGAGUUUUUCAGGUGUAACUUUCAAAAUUGAUGAAGUUCUGCUUUCACAAGAAUAUGUUAAAAUGUACAAUAAAUCUGUGAAACUGUGGGUCAGUGCCAGAGAGAGAUUUCAACAAGCAGCUGACCUGAUUGAUGCAGAACAGAGAAUGAAGAAGUCCAUGUGGGGGCAGUUCUGGUCAGCUCAUCAGAGGUUUUUCAAGUACCUCUGCAUAGCAUCUAAAGUGAAGAGGGUGGUGCAGCUGGCAAGGGAAGAAAUCAAGAAUGGAAAAUGUGUUGUUAUUGGCCUGCAGUCAACAGGAGAAGCAAGAACAUUAGAAGCUCUGGAGGAAGGUGGUGGGGAACUGAAUGACUUUGUUUCUACAGCAAAAGGAGUAUUCCAGUCUCUUAUUGAAAAGCACUUUCCAGCUCCUGACAGGAAGAAGCUGUUCAGCUUGUUGGGAAUUGAUUUGACUGCUCAAAGUAAUAACAAUUCACCCAGAGACAGCCCUUGCAAGGAGAACAAAAUAAAGAAAAGGAAAGGUGAAGAAAUAAGUAGAGAAGCCAAAAAAGCUCGCAAAACAGGUGGCCUUGCAGGUAGCAGCUCUGAUGAGAGUGAAAGUGAGUCUGAUGCUUCAGAAAAUGAAGAAAGUGACAAUGAGAGCUCCAGAUUUUUGAGUUCUGGAGAUGAUGAUGACUUCAAUCCAUUCAGAGAUGAAUCCAGUGAAGAUGAUGAAGAUGAUCCCUGGCUAAUUAGAAAAGAGCAUAAAAAAAAUAAAGACAAGAAAAAGAAGAAAAGCAUAGACCCAGAUUCUAUUCAAAGUGCCUUACUAGCUUCUGGUCUCGGAUCAAAGCGACCCAGCUGUUUUACUUCCACUGUUGGUACCACCACUUCUAGUACCAACACAUCAGCAAACAGUAACACAAACAGCAGCUUUGUAACAAGUCAGGAUGCUGUCGAAAGGGCCCAACAGAUGAAAAAAGAACUGCUUGAUAAACUGGAAAAGCUGGCUGAAGAUCUCCCACCUAAUACACUGGAUGAGCUUAUUGAUGAGCUGGGUGGUCCUGAAAAUGUUGCAGAGAUGACAGGUCGCAAGGGGAGAGUUGUGAGCAAUGAUGAUGGCAGCAUAUCCUAUGAGUCAAGAUCUGAGCUUGAUGUGCCUGUUGAGAUCCUGAACAUCACAGAAAAGCAGAGGUUCAUGGAUGGAGAUAAGAACAUUGCCAUCAUCUCAGAGGCUGCCAGCUCUGGAAUUUCACUGCAAGCCGACCGGAGAGCUAAGAAUCAGCGACGGAGAGUUCACAUGACUCUGGAGCUGCCCUGGAGUGCUGAUAGAGCAAUACAGCAGUUUGGAAGAACUCAUAGAUCCAAUCAAGUGACUGCUCCAGAGUACGUGUUCCUAAUUUCUGAAUUGGCAGGAGAGCAAAGAUUUGCAUCUAUAGUUGCAAAAAGACUGGAGAGCUUGGGAGCCCUCACUCAUGGUGACAGACGGGCUACAGAAACUCGAGACCUCAGCAGAUUCAAUUUUGACAACAAGUAUGGCAGAAAUGCUUUAGAGAUUGUUAUGAAAUCCAUUGUGAACUUAGACUCCCCCAUGGUCUCACCUCCACCUGAUUUUCCUGGAGACUUCUUCAAAGAUGUUCGUCAGGGAUUGAUUGGCGUGGGUUUGAUAAAUGUAGAAGACAGAUCUGGAAUACUGACACUGGAUAAAGAUUAUAACAAUAUAGGGAAAUUCCUGAAUAGAAUUCUUGGUAUGGAAGUACAUCAGCAGAAUGCUUUGUUCCAGUACUUUUCUGACACGUUAAAUGCAGUUAUUCAGAAUGCCAAGAAGAAUGGGAGAUAUGAUAUGGGCAUCUUAGAUUUGGGCUCUGGGGAUGAGAAAGUGAGGAAGGCAGAUGUUAAGAAGUUUUUAACUCCUGGAUAUUCUACCUCUGGACAUGUAGAACUGUACACAAUCAGUGUAGAAAGAGGAAUGUCUUGGGAUGAAGCAACAAAGAUCUGGGCUGAACAGACAGGUCCAGAUGAUGGAUUCUAUUUAUCACUACAGAUAAGAAAUAACAAGAAAACUGCUAUUCUAGUAAAAGAAGUGAAUCCUAAGAAGAGGCUUUUUUUAGUAUACAGACCAAAUACUGGGAAACAACUCAAACUAGAAACAUGUGCAGACCUGAAAAAGAAAUACAAGAAGGUACCUUCUGAAGAUGCUCUGCCACACUGGUUGGAGCAGUACAAUUCUUCUGCAGAUACCUGCACCCAUGCUUACUGGAGAGGCAACUGUAAGAAGGCAGGCUUGGGCUUAGUUUGUGAGGUGGGACUCCGCUGUCGAACUUAUUACGUCCUGUGUGGUUCAGUGUUGAGUGUCUGGACAAAAGUUGAAGGUGUUCUGGCCUCUGUGAGUGGCACAAAUGUGAAAAUGCAAAUAGUUCGUCUAAGAACAGAAGAUGGGCAGAGGAUUGUAGGUUUGAUCAUUCCUGCAAAUUGUGUGUCACCCCUUGUAAACCUCCUGUCAACAUCAGACCAGUCUCAACAGCUUGCAGUACAGCAGCAGCAGAUCUGGCAGCAGCAUCACCCACAAAGCAUCACCAACUUCAACAACGCCUAAAGAGGACAAGCUCUACAGGUGUUGACUUUGGUGUUUGAGGAAAAGGCUGUAAAAGCAUAUCACUUGCAUAAAAAUCAGGGACAGAUUCCAAAGAAAUAAUAACUUUCUCAGUUCAGUUGUGUGCUCUCAACUACUUUGGGAAUAAAGAGAUCUAACAAGGUUGGUAGAACUGAAAGCCAGCAGUUGUUUAUGGUGGUGCAUCUGUCUUUCCUUAUGCUCUCUGUAGUGCUUCCUGUUUGCUUUUACUUUUGGCCUUUUAAGCUACAAAACCACAAUUUGUUUGAAAAUGCUUGAAAAUCCCCAAGCAGGCUUUAUUUUUAUCUUGUCAUACAGUGCUCAGGGUUAACGCAGUGCAUCAAUGCCAUUGCUGUGGGAGAUAUCCUUGAAUGCAUGUACUGAGUAUAUAUAUAGAAAAAUAUAUAUUGGGUUUUUCUCUUCAAUUUAUGAGUUUAUAAAAAGCAUGAAACCUAGAGGUUGCACAUCAUGCAUUCAGGUUCCUUCCCAGUUUCUGUUUGACAGUGCAUGUCUUUGGAAACAGGCAUGGACAGGAUAAACACACGAGACAGAAAUCUGGAGAGAAACACAAUCUUAGUUGUACAGCAUUGGUUAUUGCAUUUUUAUAGUGUUUAUACCCAGGUGUUGCAUUUUUUUCUGAUUCUCUCCUGGGGGUUAUAUAUUUGAGUCUACAACAUGUUCUUUUUGUGAUAAACAUCUUAAAUUAAAAUGAGUUCAUUUUUAAUGUAUUAAUGGUAUAUUCCUAAUGUGUACUGCAAAGAUGGCUGGAUGCCUAUUUUCCUUAAAUUGAAGCAUUUCCUUAAUCCGAGGUGGUUAUGGAAACUUUAAGUGCAAAUUCACUUCCAUCUCGCAUACAAUCUUAUAUUUUUUACUUCAUUAAUGUAAUUUAAUUUGUCACUUGUAAGAUGAAACCUUACUUGAGCUGUAAAUUAGAGAAUGGGAAACACUUGAGGGUUCCGCUGUAUGUGCUGUUUCUGUUACCCAGUAACUUGAAUACUGUUUAAUAUGUUGUAAGACAUUGUAGAGUUUAUCUGGAGCUGUUUAAAAGAAAUUGUAAUGUACAAAUGUGAAUAGUCACUUAUCUAUAAUAUGGGUAAGUUUUGUUUUGCCUAUAAUAGUAGAUGUUUAUAAGAAAGUGAAGGACAAUGUUUGUCAUUUCUUGCUUGCACAGGUUGCACUAUUGAAAAAUUGAGAUUGUAUAAACCUGUCCAAAAAACCCUACAAGAUAAUGAUCUUGUAGAUGUCAAAUAAAAGUUAUUGUACUAACAAGAAGUGGAGUCUUGUUUAGGCAAUUACUCUAUUCCAAGAAAAAAAAACCAAACAACUAACAAGUCUGUACAAUUGGGAUGUGACAGGAUUUGGCAUGUUCCAGUCUGCUUUAACCUGGCUUCUGUCUUGCAGUCCAGAUAUCUCACUUCAGCUCAUUAAUGAGGUGCCUAAACCAUCAGCAUCUUUUCUGUAAGGCUCAGCUGACAGAGCAGCACUCACUGGUGUGUGGGGCAAGUCUCAUGAGAAGUUUUUCCCUAAGAAAUGGGGCCAGAAGCUCCACGAGGUCAGGCUGAAAGUCAGGGAGAGAAAUCUGGAAUGGUCCUGGGGAUGGAUCCCCUGCACCUGCUUGUGGCUAAUUGGAAAUAGAGACCCAGAAUAGGGCAGCAAGCUCCUCCCUGGUGUCACAGUGCUGGCUACAAGUCUGUAAAGUCCCUGUAAUGCAGGUGGUGGGGUUGUGGAACUUCCUCAUCCUCUGGGGAGCAAGGGGCAGCUCCCCUGAGUGCUGUGAUAGCAGAGGAGCUGAUGGUGCCCUAGACAGGGUGUGUGAGGAUGCUCCUGUGUUUGGUACCCACCACUAUGUAUGUGGCACCCAGUCCAGGAAAAGUAAUGGGAUUUUGAGAGGAAUGUUGACAGAUCCUAUUGCAGCAGUGAACCCAGCUGCUGGUUACAGCAAGCUGUGUGUGCACUUCACUGUCUUGUCCUAUUUGGUGUGUAAACUUCAGCCAUCUGAGAUUGUAACAGUAUUUUAGCUCUUAAUCCUCAGUAAGAUGGUUCUAGAAGUGGUAGGUUCACAAAUGCUGAUUUUAUUUUUUAAACAACUCAUUAUUUAAACACACUUCAGUCCCUAAGUGCUUGUCUUGGCCUCUUGUGCUAACACUGGUUGUCAGGAUGAGCAGAUACUAAAUUGAAUAUUCUCUGUAUGGGUAACCAAACCAUGCUACUUUGUUUCAGGAGUUUAUAGCAUGUGCUGUUCACUCACAACCUGCUUAAACUUCCCAUAGAUUUGUCCCCACUAUAGGGGAAAAAAGCCCAAGAGCACUUAGAGAUUCUUAAGAACUGUUCCCAUUCCAGAAAUCUGUUCCUCUUCUUGCUCUCCUUUGCUUGCUCUCUGCUGUUUGCCACCAGCAAUGCCUUGGCUGUGACUUUGGUACUAACACAUCUGUAUCCCCAGCUCUGGAGCACUCUAACAUCUUAAAAGCAAAAUACAGCAGCCUUCAAGCUACAGAAAUGUUUCCUCUUGAAAAUUCCUGCUUGGUUGUUGGGGUGUGGGUUUGUUUGGAUUUUUUUUUUUUUUUGGUAGUUGUUCCUUGCGUGAGCUGCUGGUAAAGCUUGGGAGAGAGAAAGAAUAUAAAUAGUGGGGAUGGGAUGAGGAGCAGCUCUGCAGGAUCCUCUUGCAGCACUGCCCAUCAGACAAACAUCCUCAGAGGGAGCAAUUGUCAUGUCAUACAAAUCAGCAGGCUCAGUAGGAGUGGGCUCUUUUUCCUCCUCGUGGGCAUUGAUCUGCUUUGUACAAACCAUCCGAACUGGAUAUAAAAUUAACAAAGGAUAGAUGGUUCUGAUAACUGGGGCAAAGCUCCAUGUAAAGUGAUAGCUUCUCUACUGCCUGAGUUUUGGAAGCAUGCUGGAGAAGGGGGAGAGACAGAUUUAAGGUGACUUGGGAAUUGAAGGAAUGAAAUUUGGGGUUUUCUUUUUUAAGCUGUCCCUUGACAGCAGCUAAAUUGUGUCUUGUUAACUGGUUUUGUGUUUGAGAUGUGUCUGACACAGUAAAUGCAAUUAGAACCCACUAAAGACCCCCUCUGCACAGCAAGUUUUCCAUUUUUUUCCCCAGUUGCCAUUGGGAACACUCACCUCUUGUAAGUUCCCCAAAGAUGCUCCUUGUCUAGGCAGUGAGUAGUAUUUUCUUUGUAAAUGAAGAAAGAUCUGCAACCUGUAAACAUUUGUCAAGUGAAUUAUCAAGAGGUUUUUGUAUUUUUCUUUUGCAUUUGAAAUAAGCUUCAUUCAGAUUCCAUCAGUCUGUACAUAUAUAAAAUGUAUGUAUAUAGAGAUGUUAAAGGCUACUGAAAUAUUGAAUGUAAAUAACUCUUGUUUUCCUUUGUGGUUUUUUUUUUUCUUUCAUGACCUUCCCAAGAUGUAUUCCUAUUUUCUCAGCCUGCCAAACAGGCAGUUUGUGUGUACUUUGAAAUAUAUAUAGCAUACAUAAACCUUGCAAGGGAUGUCAGCA